AAUUAAAACACCGGAGGGCGGAUACCUUUGAUCAAAGAGUUCAGUUCGAAUUUGAACGUUGGAGGUUUUAUUUCGACGACGGAGUUGCACAAAGCUUUUAAUUUCAUAUUAUAUCAGAAGUUGAUCACAUGGAGCCAAGCAAGCCUCCUGACAUCAGUGGGAUGAAAGUCGCUGGUCUUCCUGCGUUUGGCAGAGGACUACAGCUUGAGACGGUUUUGGGACGCAGUAGAGGAUUACCGCUCGCUGCUGAGACGCCCAGUGUAGGACGAGCCCGGGGAGUGUUCACCCCAGGGGAGACUGUUCCAGGACCAGCUCCGUCUCUGCCCACAACUGUACCUGUGCAAGGUAGAGGAGUGUUGGCACAGCCCGAGAGUUUGGUAUUGGGUCGGGCCAGAGGGGUUCUUCUACAAAAGGUUGAGCCAAAAGUGGGUGUGGCCAGAGGAUCUGUUCUGUCAAGUCUACAACUACAGGAUGAAGGCGCCUCUCCUCCUGAAACACUGCUGAUUCCAUCAGGAGACACCUCAGCUUCCACUACAGGAGUGAUUGGUAUGCCAGGUCUUGCUCAAGGGUCCACACUCGUGUCCAUGUUUAGAGGAAUGGGAAUUGAGCCAUUGGCACCUCGUGGAAGAGGAUCACAAGCAGUUGCAGCUGGAGGCAUGGGGGACAUGAAACCACAGGGUGUCCAUGACUCGAUGGAGAGAGGCAGCAUUUUGUCCCCCAUUGUGGGGCGUGGAAGAGCAGCAUCGCCGCAGCUUGGGAUGGACAGAAGUCAUUCUAGCCCUCCCAGUUUGCCAGUUUCGCCAGUAUCUGAAACACCAACAGACGUGAUGUCACAGCCGCCUCUGACAGGAGCUUCAUCGUCUGUGCCCACUCGUCAAGAGGCCACUGUGACCUCAUCUGAGGAGCCAAUGAAAGCUGAGCCGACAGUGGAAACAGAGAGUAAGCCCCUUAAUAAAGCUGGGGUCAAAGGAGCCUCCAUAACUAUUGGCUCCAACCACAUUCCGAUCAGCUGCAAGAAUCAAGCUGUCUAUCAGUAUCAUGUAACAUUCAAUCCAAAUGUGGAAUCGAUGAGCAUGAGGUUUGGCAUGAUGAGAGAUCACCGCUCCACCACAGGAGAAGUGAUUGCUUUUGAUGGCUCCAUUCUGUAUCUGCCAGUUCAACUCUGCGACGUGGUCAAUCUCAAAAGUGUGAGACGGACUGAUGAUGAGGAAAUAGAAAUCACAAUCAAGAUGACGAAGGUGUUGCCUCCCAACUCAGAUCUUUGCAUUCCAUUCUACAAUGUGGUUUUCAGGAGGGUAAUGAAAGUCAUUGGCCUGAGGCUGGUGGGACGGAAUCAUUAUGAUCCAGAGAAUGCAGUCAUUCUUGGAAAACAACGACUUCAAGUGUGGCCUGGCUAUUCGACCGCCAUUAAGCGUAUGGAUGGAGGUCUGUACCUCGCUGUGGACGUGUCCCACAAGGUGCUGCGGAAUGACUCGGUUCUUGACCUCAUGAACACCUUGUAUCAACAGACAAAAGAGAACUUCAAAGACGCGUGCACUAAAGAGCUCAUCGGUAGCAUCGCCAUCACCCGAUACAACAAUCGCACGUACCGCAUUGAUGACAUUGAGUGGGACAAGUCACCCAAGGAUAGUUUCACAUUAAUGGACGGCACAGAGACCACGUUUUUGGAGUACUACAGCAAGAACUAUGGAAUCACAGUUCAAGAGACAAACCAGCCGUUACUCGUGCAUCGACCAAAGGAGAGAUCCAACCCUGGAGGCAAGGUCAUUUCUGGCCACAUCCUCCUAGUGCCGGAGCUGUCCUUCCUGACGGGAAUCCCAGAAAAAAUGAAAAACGACUAUAGGGCAAUGAAAGACUUAAAAAUUCACAUCAAUGUGAGUAGUGAUCAGCACACCCAUGCAAUCAAGCAGCUUCUGAAGAACAUUUCAUCCAAAGAGGACUGUACGAAAGCGCUGGAAGGAUGGGGACUGGAGCUCGGCUCAGAUGUUAUGAUGAUCACAGGUAGAAUGCUCCCUUUUGAAACCAUCUGUCUUAAGUCCUCCUCCUUUGCUACUGGUGCCAAUGUGUCCUGGUCAAGAGAGGUUGUAAAUGGUGCUUCAAUCAGCUCUAUCCCUUUGAACAUCUGGGUAGUUUUCUACCCUCGCCGAAGUGCUGAACAGGCAGUCGAGCUCAUUUCUACCUUUCACAAAGUGGCUGGUCCUAUCGGACUGCGGCUGCAGCGACCAAUCACGGUGGAGCUGCGAGACGAUCGGACCGAAACUUAUGUCAAGAGCAUCCAUUCUCAACUCACCAGUGAGCCUCACCUUCAGCUUGUAGUGUGCGUCAUUGAAGGCAACAGGGACGAUCUCUACAGUGCCAUCAAGAAGUUGUGCUGCCUCAAAUGCCCCGUCCCUUCCCAGGUCAUCAAUGUUCGGACAAUAUCUCAACAACAAAAGUUGAGAGGCAUUGCCCAGAAGAUCCUUCUCCAGUUGAACUCUAAGUUGGGUGGAGAGUUGUGGACUGUCGGCAUUCCACUAAAAAGCUUGAUGGUGGUUGGAGUUGAUGUCCACCAUGACACCAGCAAAAAGCAUCAGUCUGUCAUGGGAUUUGUUGCAAGUGUGAACAGUUCACUGACCCACUGGUAUUCCAGAGUGACUUUCCAGACGCCCACUGAGGAACUGAUCAGUGGCUUCAGAGCCUGCUUCCUGUCCACUUUGCAGAAGUAUUAUGAGCUAAAUCAUGACUUGCCACAGAAGAUUGUGGUUUACCGAGAUGGCGUGUCUGACGGUCAGCUGAAGAUGGUGGAGCUUUACGAGAUACCACAGCUGAUCAAGUGCUUUGAGACCUUCCCCAACUAUGAGCCCAAGCUGGUCUUCAUCGUGGUCCAAAAGCGCAUCAACACCAUCCUUUAUUCAUCUUCUGCGAAUGGCUUCAGCUCUGUCCCAGCGGGAACAGUUCUCGAUCACACCCUCACCAACAAAGACUGGGUGGACUUCUAUCUGACGGCACACGACAUCAGACAAGGCGUCGGACUCCCCACUCAUUAUGUCACACUGUACAACACAGCCAACCUCACUCCAGACCACUUGCAAAGAUUGACUUUUAAAAUGUGCCACCUGUACUGGAACUGGCCCGGCACCAUCAGAGUUCCAGCACCAUGCAAGUAUGCACACAAACUGGCAUUCCUGUCGGGUCAGUUCCUGCACUCUGAGCCAGCCAUCCAGCUCUCAGACAAGCUCUUUUUCUUGUGAGCUGUUUUUUCUUCAUUUGAGCGGUUCAUUUAUUUUCUGAAAGAAAAAAAAAUUUAUUGGAUGAAUAUGUAAAGUUUUUUUUCAAACUGAACUUGUUCUGAGUUUGGAAAGUAUUCCUCAAAAUGUUUUAAGAAAAAAAUUGUUCUUUUGAGGGUCCAGCAGGUUGUCUGUUGUGAAACAUGGAUCAUUUUGGAUCAAAAAAUAAAAGAUGUUUCUGCUUUU